AUGCUGGUGCUCGUUCCUGGAAUCACUGGCAACCUUGGCUUGCAUCUUAUUGACAGUCUCGUUUCUCGUGGACAUCAGGUCAGAGGCCUUGGUCGUUCUCCAGACAAGCUCACUGACGAGCAGCGCUCGAACCUCGAGAGAUUCGUCCAGAUUAGAAACUACUAUGACAUCGAAGCUUUGGAACAAGCUUGCAGCGGCGUCGAUGCCGUCAUCUGUGCUUAUGCCGGAACUCCUUUAAUGCACCUCGAUGCCCAGCUGCUUCUCCUACGUGCCGCCGAGCGAGCCGGCAUUACGCGUUUCCUCGCCGCGAGCUGGAAUUGCGACUGGAGACAGCUACAACUUGGAAUGCAUCAGAGCUACGAUGCUUGCAUCGCCUUCUAUCAGCAGGCUAAGCUGACGUCCACAAUUAAGCCGAUCUGGAUUCUGACCGGUGGCCUGACAGAGGUCUAUUUCUCUCUCCCCGGCCACGGUAACUUCUCCCCCGCUUACAACGGGCCAUGGGACCCCGAAAACAAGACUGUUGACAUUUGGGGAACCGGUCACGAAAAGUGGGACCUGACCACCGAGAAAGACGCGGCCGAGUUUUCCGUCGAAGUUAUCCAGCGUGAUGACGCCCCAGAGGGAGGCGUUUGGGAAUUAAACUCCGGUGCCUACUCACCUCGGGAGCUCGCAAAGAUUUAUAAAGAAGUCAGAGGCAUUGAGAUUGGCUUCAAGCACCGGGGUUCCCUCGACGAUCUGAGGAAACUUGCCGACACUCUAAGGAAUCAGAAGCCGUACAACGACUACUAUAGUUACAUUGGCCUGUUCUACCAGCUCUUCCAGUUGGAUGGAACUUAUUCUCUUAAGAACCUUGACAACCAUAAGCUGAAUGUUAGAACUACGUCAAUGGAAGAGUUCCUCCGUCAAAAUCCCCAGAUCUAA